GUGAAGCGCGUUCGCGUUUGCGACUUGCGUUGUGUUUGUUGAUUUAUUGAUUCUUGUGUAUUAUUAGCCUCUUUAUUAAAUGUAAUAUCAAUUUAGUUUUUUACAAAGGAUAUAAUCUAUUAACAGGGAUGGAGGAAGCUAUCGAGUCGCUCUCUGAGAGCAAUAUGCAAGCUGGAGUUGAUUUAAACUUCCAGCCUAAUCAAGAACCGGUACAACCAAUGGAAACGAAUCAAGUUCCACCAGGACAACCCGGCACACUAGGCCCGAGUGGUAAACAUGAAGAGUUUUCUGUUGAAAAAGUCUUGGACCGGCGUGUGAAGAACGGAAAAGUUGAAUACUUACUUAAGUGGAAGGGAUAUUCUCACGAGGAUGACACCUGGGAGCCUGAGGACAACCUUGACUGUCCAGAGCUUAUAUCAGCAUAUGAAGAAGCUCGCCUUAAGCGGGAACGUGAAGCUGUAGAGGCUGAAGCAGCAACAGCCGAAACUGCUGCUGCAGUGGAAGUAGCGGCAGCCGCUGCGGCCGCUGCAGCAGCUGCUGCCGCGGCUCCCACUGCCGUAACUCCUACGCCUCCUCCAGAAACCGUGGAGGAAACAUAUAGCACUAGGAAACGCGGCCGUCGAGGUGCUGAAAAGAAGAAAAAGAUUGAAGAAAUUGAAAAACCCAGAGGCUUGGCUCGUGGUUUACAACCAGAGAAGAUUCUUGCUGCACAGUUAUUCCAUGGGGUUCUCUAUUUUCUUGUUAAAUGGGAAGACUGCCUAGAAUUCGACGUAGUGCCAGGCCAUGAGUUCGGUGAGGCGUAUCCCGACUUCAUGAUCGCCUACUACGAGCACUGCGUACCCUUUAGCGUUAGACACAAGGUGGGCAAGGUGCCCAGGAUGGCUCCCGAGCUGCCGCCAAGCCCCCAGCCCUCGCCUCCGCAGACCAGCGAAGAUGGGGCUAAUGAAUCCAUGGAUACCUCAGCACCCAAUCUAGAGACGGGCCCCUCUCUAUCUGCGGCAGGUCCUGAAGACUCUGCUGCUAUGGACGUCGCCCCUCCCGUCCAGAUGCCGGAAGAAACUGCUCCAAGUAUUGAAGUCAAUUAAUAUGAUAUUCAACCCAUGCUUGUUUAUGAUAUAACUUAUAUCAUAUAAGUCUUAGUAAUAGGUGUAUGUAGUUCAAUUAUGGUAAGCUUUUAUUUUAACUACCUAUGUCCAGUUCAAACUCCAAAAAAGCAUGACAAUGUUGACAAGUCUUGUAUAUUUUCUAUAUUAACCCUUUUUCAGGACGAACUAAUCUACAAGGUUUUCCCAAAAAAUCCAAAUAUAGUCCCAAAAUCCACAUUUCCCGAAAGUGCAACCUAAUAUGAAUGUUAAAGUUGAAAUUCUAUUGUCGCGUAUGUGGUCGAUAAUUCGUACUAUGCCUGGAAAUGGGUUAGAGUCAGACCAAGCUAAGUUCGCAGCGAUUUUGAUAGUCCAGGUUCAGACGGUGUAAGUUUGAGUAAACUAAGUAAUUUCAUAGUUUGACGUUUAUAG